CACGCAUUCAAAAUGGUCCGCUAGGUAUCGAACUUGCACUUGUACUUUUUUUCUCAGAAUUCCAAGGUAGCAGUAGCAGCACGACAGGAGAGCAUCCGGUAGAUAAUUUUUGGACAUUCCAAAGGAAAAUUAGUUUUAAACUUAACCAAAAUUCAAAGAAUUUGUAUUCUCGACCUCCAGAUUUUAAAUCUCGAAUAAUUUGAAAAAUGUCUGCUACCGCAUUGGCACAAGAAAAGGUUUGGGUGGAGAAACCAUCGUACGACAAAGCUGAAUGUCUGUUUCAUGAAAGAGCUGCUAAGGGAAAUCAAGAUGCUGCUUGCUUCAGCGUUUCUUCUAGUGGUGGAAAUAUAGUUGAUGAAAUCACCAAGGUUCAGCAGCACCUUGAAAAAUCUUUACAAUGUAUGGUUGGAAUCGAGGCAAUGGCAAAAGUUCCAUCAAGUGACAAUGUCUCAUCUCGUGUGACAUUUCUUGAGAAAGAAAAUGAAGAACUUAAAACUAGAAUGCAAGAAAUAGUGAAGCGCGUCGAGAAAUUGGAGAAACGUGUGACAGAUUUUGAAAAGUCACAAAACACAGUGAAGACAACUGUCCCUGUCGAAGUUUGUGUCCUGAAGGCUUCAAAGGUUGAAGAAAAAGAGGAGGAGGAGGAUGACGUAGAUCUAUUUGGGUCUGAUUCAGAGGGCGAAGAUGCAGAGGCUGCGAAAAUCAGAGAGGAACGUCUCGCUGCUUACAAUGCUAAAAAAUCGAAGAAACCAGCCCUCAUUGCAAAGUCGAAUAUUAUUAUGGAUGUCAAGCCCUGGGACGAUGAGACGGACAUGAAGGCAAUGGAAACAGAAGUUCGGAAAAUCGUGACCGAUGGACUUCUCUGGGGAGCUGCCAAGUUGGUACCUCUGGCCUAUGGCAUCCACAAACUCCAAAUCUCCUGUGUCGUCGAAGAUGACAAAGUCUCCAUUGAUUGGCUGACGGAACAAAUCCAAGAAAUCGAAGACUUCGUUCAAAGUGUGGACAUUGCUGCCUUCAACAAAGUUUAACUUUCUCUCUACUCAAAUCGUUUUUUUUUUUCUUAAAACUUUAGUCGUAACUGCGAAAGGGCUUUCGGUGCCAUUUUUCAUUCCACUAGCAAUAUCCAUGCGAGAAUAAUCACUUAGUAAACUACCUACUCACCCCAUUUGUGUGCAAAGAGCUCUUAGUGAGAAAAACGAAUGAAAGGAAGAAUACGACUAUGGAAGGUGCUUUACUGCUCAAAUUUAUUCAGAAUUAGUAAAAAGAUAGAUUAUUAUUAUAUUAGUCAUGAAAUCUGUGUGAGGGAAAAAAGAGUAAUGUUUGCCGAAUAUUAAUUGUAAUAAUUUAAGUGUUUAAUUUAUUUUUUGUCUUUAUAGCUUAAGAAUGUCUGAAAAACUCUUAAACUCAAAUUUUAUUAUAGACGCAUUUCAUUUUUAUGUGGAAAAAGAAAAAAUCUGCUUGUUACAAACUGCAGAGAAAUUGUUAUUGUGAAACUAUCGGAUGUUCGACUAUAAGUUUGCAAAAAUGAUCAUUUUUGAAUAUAAAUAUUUUAGAGAUUUUAAUUUAAUUAGAAGAAAUGAUCUUAAUUUUUAACUAAACAUACACUGAUCUCAAGAUACGAUCAAUUAAAAUGUAAGAACACGGAAUCAUAUUUUUAUUAAUUGAAAUUUAAAUGUAAAUAGAACAAGUAUAAUCCGUCGAUUUGUCCUAUUCUUUACUGUAAAACAGCGUAAAAACUCGUGUUGCUACUGCAGUGGUUGUUAAUUACGAUUGAAACUAAUAAAUUAGCAAAUGAA